AUGAAAUUGAUAAUGGCUGUCACAGUCUUAAUUUUAAUCUUAAUUACGGCGGUUAGAAUCCGCUUUGUUAACUCGGCUACCAAGGAUCCCUCCAGGGGAUUCAUCCGCUUUGCGGGGACGUCUACUUCCGAUCGCCGGAAGGCGGGUUGCCUGGCCGUCCUCCUCCUCCUUGCCACUUCUAGGCGGCUCCAGUGUUGAGUGGGCAGACUAUGGGUUCCGGGGCUUGCUUCAGGCUCCGUCUACAAGGUUGCCUAUUCCGAAAAUUUCGAAGCGCGAAUUUUCUGGUAAGGCUCUCGGCUAAGAUCGAAAUCCAAGGCCCGGGACGUAACGCCCGGUUUAACGCUAGGGAGUUGCCCGAUUGACCAAGUGGUGUCCUUGGCACUGCUGAGCUUCCCUUUCCAACCUUGGUCCUCCACUUUCCUUGAGGCAAAAGACUUGGUUCCAGAAUGAGCUGCGGUCGACCUAAUUCGACAUUGCGCUCCACUGCACCAAGCCAAAACCCAGCCGGAUACACUUUACCGAGCCUCUUUUCCCCUUCCACAAGGUCCCCGCCAGCCUGUGGGCGUGCGGCUACAGGUGUUGAAAAAAAGGGCUGGUCCGUCGACGCCAUUUUAAUACGUAUGGCUGUCACAGUCUUUUUCAUUUUAUUCUCCUCAGUUUCUGCUUACCAUAUACAAUUUAACACUCCAGUUGAGGCUACAACGGUCUCGUGCUCAGCUUACUCGUGUGCGCCCUUUAACUUUAACAUGCCUACAGGUUAUUGUAUGAUGAAAAAUAAUAGCACUUAUUAUUUGAGGAGUUGCCAGUCUACGACGGCGACGUAUUGUAAUCCGAAUAACGGGUCGUGCAUUGUGCCUCCAGCUGCAGUGCAAGCUUUGGCGUAUCCGGGGGAAGCGUGUGCAUUGAAUUCAGAUUGUGUAUAUGGAAAUUGUUAUGCGUAUGUAUGUAAAGGUUUGGGGAAAGGGGUGAACUGCACUUCUCAUGAGCAAUGUGACCCUGGGCUUUAUUGCUCUCUAAAUUCUAUAGUUCGUAAGCUCCUUAAGAAUUAAUUAAUUGCUCUCCCUUUUUGAAAAGGAAAAAAGUACUUCAGUAUGGCAGACACUUUAAGGACUGAAAGGGCUGAUUGUCUUCUAUAGGAAUCUAAAGGACUUCACAAACUAUACAUGUCAAGAGCAAAUAGCGGCAAAUGGAAGUGGAUGCAGAAGCAGCUAUGACUGUAAAAAUUAUGCUGGAUGUAACAUGACUUAUUCGAUGGAUAACGGAAUCUGUUUUGCCUAUGCAUCUUUGGCGAUUGGGCAAAUUGUAACUGAUUGUGCUAAUGGAUUUUCUCAGAUGUGUAAAACAGGGUUUUGUAAAGUUUCUGAUUGGUUUGGGAAUUUAGGGGUUUGUGCGACAGCUCCUACAAGUGUGGCUCUUCCUCAGGCUUGCACAAUAUACACUGAUUGCCAAGGAACAGAUGGCACUAAUCUUUAUUUAAGUAGCUGCUCAUGUGGGUAUAAUCCAAAAGGAACUGGCUAUUGCGCACCUUUUAUUGGAGAUGCACCAGGGUUAAAUUUAAUUAGCGCCUGGAAAAAUGCUAUAGUCAAGACUGACAACAAGUGCAACACUUUUAGAAGAGGCUCUACUUUGUGUUUAAGCAGAGUUGGAGCAUUAAGUGAUAUUACAGCUGCGACUUGGAACUUUAACAACUAUUCCAAAAUUCUUGAAAAUGAUGCUUGUAUUAAAGCUACUGUCACAGAAGAGUACUGGAAUGCUCUUGACUCAUCACAGCAUUUAAUUGCUUUUGCUAUAAUUUAUAGCUUAUUAAUUUAG